GAAACUGAGUCAAUAACAAAAUGAAGCCAGCAAAGCAUGUGUUAGCCACCAGCAACAACUUGGCAAAUGUUCCGGAAUUAAAUUCUAAAAAAGGACUACUUAAUUUACCAUUGUCACCUAAACCAAGGGAAAAACAUAAUACAAAAUCAGUACGUGAUAAAAUUGAACCAAUGGUCCUAAGAUCACCACCAAAAGGAGAAUCUGUUGUACGGUAUGCUUUGCCCAUUUUGUCAAGUAAGACAAACGAUUUAAUACCAGAAGACGAAAUGAUCAGGAAAAUUACAAAACAUCUGAAGAUGGUUGUUUCUACUUUGGAAGAAACCUAUGGAUUUAAUAUUGAAAAUGGAGUAAAGCCAGUUGUGAAACCUGAAGAUGAAGAAUUAUCUUUAUCUGUUGGGGAUGACAUGAAUUCAUUCGUGACAUUUUGUUCACAAUUUGCAGCUCAGCUAGAAGAAACAGUUAAGGAAGAACGUAAUAUUUUGGAAUCUCUUUUUAAGUGGUUUCAGCGGCAGGUCAAUCAGAUGGAGGAGAUAAGUAAAGAUCAAACUCUUUUAGAAGCAGAGCUUCCAGUACCUGAUAAAACAGUCACUUUAAGCACUUCACAAAUAGUAAGAUGUGUGCAAAAACUUGAAGAACUGAGAAAUCGCUUUAAACAGAAGUCUGCAUACUCCUUGAAAGGUGUAUUGUCUAUACCCUUGGAUAAAGAAAAUCCACCAAAAGCAGUGAAAAGUUAUGAAACUGUAGAGCAGAAAAUUGAAGAAUUCUUAAAAACCCACUCAACUAAGGAAUCUAUAGAUGCUUCUGCAACUGAACCAGAAACUCCUAAUUCUAUGACUACUCGAUUGAAUGCCAUGUUGAAAAUAUUUGAGAAACAGUCAAAUAUGUUAGAGAGAUCUCUAAAUGAUCAAAGUUUGUUAGAGGCUAAAUACAAACAGAUGAAAACUGAUUUUGAAUUGUUAUCAGAGAAAAAAUUGGUGCUGGAAAAUGAACUACAAAAAUUGAAAGAUACAGAGAAAACAAAACCUAAACAUGACCGAACAAAGAAAGCUGUAAAAAUGGAGAAGAAAAAAGACAAAGGAAAAUUUGAGGAUUCAGAAGAAGGGAUGUCUCCAGACAAGCAACUUAAAAUGAAAGAAGAUUUGCUUCAAGUCCAGAAAGUAGCACGUACUCUGGAAAUUGAGAACAAAGUUCUUCAGGAACAACUGAAACAGGCUUUACAGGAAGUGGAAAAAGCUAAGCAUCAACUCACCUAUUUCCUAAAUCAAAAGGAGUUACUUAAAAGUGAGGGGAAGACCAAGACAACAAUUGAAGUGGAUAUUAGUAAAACGAAAAUUAAAGGUGAAGAUUCAAACAAUAUACCAGUGGAGAAAGAAACAAGAAAAACAAUUGUGUCAGUCUCAGGUGGACAAAAGACAAAUGAUAAAAUCGAAGAAAAUCCACAG